UUAUAAUCUUAUCCAGAGGUCUCCCUGCACGGUUCUGCCCUGGGCUCAGAUGCCUGUGAAUAUCUACCUCUAGGUCGACUUCUGCAGAGCACUGAAAACUUGGGGAAGGUGUUAACAGCCCUGCCAAGAUUCAUGGACCAGACCUAAGAUGGUCAAGGGAACCGUCCUGGUACCUCUUAUCAAAGUAUAUUGGGACUGGAAUGCCCCCGGACAACGUCGGUGCCUGGAGAGACCAAACGAGACAAAGCAUGGGGUGAUUCAUGGGAAUAAGUGAUUAAGUGUAUGGGAGGCGCUGCCGUUUGAUCAGUCUCUCUACACACCUCAAUCUUUCCCUGCACGCGUUCUCAAUGUUCUCUUCCAACGUCGUAAACCUCGUAUUAAGUGGCUAGUAUACGCCUUCUAUGCAACAAUGCGGUCCUCUUCCAUUCCCUCUGUGCUUCCUGCACUUCUUCUCGCCGUGCCGCUGGUGAGCGCACACCCUAGCGCAAACUCCGUCGUGGGUUCUCUGUUUGCGCGCGCCGACGAUGGUUACGAAAACACCGUCUGCCGGCCUCCGGUAAAGGAGGGAUCCGACAACACCAUUCCUCCAUGCAGCAGUCUCGAGAACAUCGAGUACCAGUGCGCCCCCAACGGAACCUCACCCAUUGCUCUGGAGGCUCAUAAGCAAUGCAUGUGCGGCGGCUCCUUCUUCACCGAAUGGCCCUUCUGCCAACAAUGUCUCAACGUCCACGGCCUGCGCUCCGAGCGUGACGUCAAGCGCUACACCGAGGUGCUCUCCUCCGUGGAAGCCAUUCUGUGCGACGCGCGGGCCACCCCGACGGCCAUCUUCGCCGAUAUUUUCACCAGCGUGGCCUACGAGGUCCCGGAGCCGACUGACGGCGCCACCGUCAGCAGCGACCAAGCCGUGAGCAAGACGGACAUCAGCUACUACAUGACUACCACGAUCAGCCAGGGUCCCGGGAAAAUCACGGGCUCGGCGUUGAGUGCUACUGCUACUGAUGCGCCGUUAGCGCCGCAGACUACGAAUUCGGGUGGGGAUGGUGGUGAUAACAACGAUGGGAAGACCACUAGUACUACUAGAGGACCUUGUACCGUAACCACGAGCUCAUCGGCUAGCGGUGCUAGCAGCGUGGCUGCUGAAACCUCCUCGAAGCAUAAUGGUGCUGCAGGAAUAAAGGCCGAUAUCACGGGUAUCUUUGGUGUUGCUGCUGCGAUGGCGGUUGCUGUGAUACUUCAUGUGGAAUAAAAGGAUUUGAUGAUGAUAAUAAUAAUGAUGAGACGAAACGGGGGAACCCCGGUGGGGACGGAUGAUGUGCGUCAUCUCUUUGAAUAACGACUGAGGCCAUGUCAGACUAUUCAUUACGAAACUCACAGUUAUAUGAUGCAUUCACCUCCUCUGAAGAGUCACCAAGCUAUUGGCAGUAAGAAAAGGGACAUGAAGAUGCAAGAGCGACCAAUAUCAGA